AUGAGCUUCACGAUAGAGGAGGAGUACUACGUGCCCCCCGAGGUUCUGUUCAAUGCCUUCACAGAUGCCUACACGUUGACGAGACUUUCCAGGGGUUCCCCCGCCGAGACGGAUGCCAAAGUGGGAGGAAGUUUCUCCCUCUUCGCAGGGAGCGUUUACGGUGAAUUCAUGGAGAUUGAAAAGCCACAUAAGGUUAUCCAGAAGUGGAAGUUCAGGGAUUGGUGCGACAACGACUACAGCACAGUGACGCUAGAAUUUAAGAAAGUAAAAGAAAAUCACACUUUGCUUAAACUGACCCAGGAAAACAUUCCUACCAAGAAUAAGUUCGAUGAAGGUGGUGUCCUGGAACGGUGCAGAAACGGAUGGACGGAAAAUCUAUUGCACAACAUAGAAGUGAUACUGGGAUACCCGAAGAAGAAGUAG